AUGUCGAAUACCCCAGCUCUGCGCUUCCUGCUUGAACGUCAUUCCUUAUUGCGCCCAUCUCUUUUUUUGCUUCCUACUCCAACCAGGUCGGCAAGCGUACCCCUGCGACAUUUGAGGAACUGCGCACCAGCCGCGUAUCCAACGUCCUUAUCACGAACCUUUGGACUGAACACUGGCGGACCUUCUAUGCGCCAUCAAGAAAGUUCGAACCUCCCCCAAGGAAGAGCACCCAAGAGAAGACGCAUAUCCGCGACUGCCCCGCACGAGGGUGCCUCCGACACAAUGGCGACGGUGGCGCAAACUUCCUCCCAGACACCUCAGCCGCUGGCCACGAUACAGCUUACACCCCUCGAGAACACAUUGAAAGAACUACUCCUUGAUGUCGCCAAGUACAUACGAGAACGAGCAAUCGCUGCCGGCGCGAGCGAGGCGGAUACCCCACACAUGGUGCUUCGAUUCACAGGAGGAUGGGUGAGGGACAAGCUGCUUGGAGUCGACAGUCAUGAUAUCGAUGUAGGAAUCAGCUCCAUGACUGGUUACCAGUUUGGCAUGGCCCUCAAAGAUUACCUAGACAUUCCUGAAAAUUUGGAAAAGUACAAGCGCAACCACCCUAAUGGAGAGAUGAAGGAGGCUAUCGUCAGCCUGCACAAAAUUGAAGCAAAUCCGGAAAAGUCCAAACACCUGGAAACCGUAACAACCAAGAUCUUCGGCUUGGAUAUCGAUCUGGUUAAUCUUCGAAAGGAGACGUACACGGAUGAUAGCCGGAACCCACAAAUGGAGUACGGCACCGCCGAAGAAGAUGCUUUGCGUCGCGAUGCAACGAUUAAUGCUCUUUUCUACAAUUUGAACGAAUCCAAGGUGGAAGAUUUGACUGGACGGGGGUUUUCAGACAUGAGGGACAAGAUUAUCCGAACUCCAUUGGAGCCAUACCAGACCUUCAAAGACGACCCUUUACGUGUGCUAAGACUGAUACGGUUCGCCAGUCGCCUGGGCUAUCAAAUCGAUCCAAACACAGAAAGGGCGAUGCAGAACAGUGAUAUUAGUGCGGCACUAAAACUAAAGAUCAGUAGGGAACGCGUGGGGACAGAGUUGGAGAAGAUGCUCAAAGGACCCGAUCCUCGAGGCGCGCUGCGAUUCAUUGAUCGACUUGGUCUCUACCAUACUAUCCUCGCCAAUCACCAAGACGAUGCCAGCGCUGAUACAUCCACUUGGUCGCUAGCCUACAACGCUUUGGAAUCCUUGUUGCAUCCUGAGGGGCCAUCGAAGACCGCACUCGAGAAAGUGCGCGACUUCCUCAUGCGUAGUCCACUCGAGUCGUAUCAUGCAUGGAUGAUUGCCGCAUUAGCACCCUGGUCUAGCGUGCCACCGCGCGUAGCAAAAGGCCCGAAAGCGAAACCCUUCCCCCCUCGAGCGGCAGAGGUGGCAAGAGACAGCCUGCGUUCUGAUAAUAAGAUGAUCAGCGUUCUCGGUGAUGCGGCUGCCAGUUGGAGGUCCAUUAUUGAUGUCAAGUCUUCGCUCCUGGAGGGCCGCAUGAAGGGAACAGCUCCCGAAGUACGGCAACAAAUCGGCUUGUACAUCAAGAGCUGGAAGAAGGAUUGGAGACUCUGCAUCGUCUUGGCUAUUCUGCAGGAGGUCAUGAGAGGAGGAGAGCUCCUGCCAGUUAUCCAAGAAUAUGACAGAUUUAUAUCAUACAUUAUUCAGAACGACCUGCAAGGCGUGUGUGAAAUGAAGCCUAUCGUGAAUGGGGGCGAUAUUAUGAAGGCUCUAGAGGCGAAGAAUGGGCCUUGGAUGAGCAAAGCAUUGGAUAUGGUGUUUAAGUGGCAGCUUCUACACCCUGAAAUUACGGAGAAGGAAAAGGCCCUCAAAUAUUUGAUAGAUAGAAAGGAUGAGUUAGGUCUGUAG